GGAGGGAAGUGACCGUGUGUAGGCAAGUUUGGCCAACGGGUAGUUUCCUCUGACCCUUUGAAUAUUUGAUGUGUUUUAUGAGUAAAUUCCUGAAGCGGAACAAGUCGAGUGUCUUCUAUCUUCCUCUAUCUUGAAGACGGGAAACUCUGGAGAUUUUCUCUUGAAUUUCAAGGGGAAUAAGGAGAGAAUCAGUCAAGAUGAAUCUACUCAUCGCUUGUGUAGUUGUAUUCUCGCUGUACCACACUGAAGCAUUUUUGACAAAGCGCAGUCCACGAUAUCUUGGUGUUUUAAACCCCUUAGGACGCCAAGCAUGGACAUGUCAUCCCGGUUGUCACAAAUUCUGUCUUCCUUCCUGCAAGAGAAGCUGUUGCAACCUCAGCGCUCCCAACUACUCACCCGACAUGUUCCCUCAACUCGUCCAGUACCAGGCAGGAAUAAGCAAUCCACCAGCUCUUCCUCCUGCCUGCCCAGCUGGAUGCAACCCAGCUUGUUAUCCUAACUGCGACCCGGGAUGUUGUUCACCACAGUCAUAUCAACCUGCUCCUUCAGCAUACGGGCUGAAUCCCUCACCGUAUGACCCGUAUGCAAGCAAUGAAGGAUGUUCUCCGGCCUGUGCCCCUGCUAAUACUCCAGAGUGUUGCCGAUCUCAGGCAGUGCAGCUUAACGUCCGACCUAUGGUUCCCGGUGCGCACAUUCCAGCACCACCACCUUCCACCUCUCACGAUCACUCUUCAGAUGCUCCUAAGCCUGCUCGCAAGCCCGCCCACAAGCCUGCAGAUAAAACCUCUCAUGUCAAGGACGGCUCACUCUGCAUACGAAAGUGCCAAAACCUUUGCGACAAAAAAUGUAAAUUCGAAUGCUGUUUGCCAUCGCACAAACACUUCGACGACGAUCCAAAACCAAAACCAAAACCACACGUUGCGAAACACCACGACAAGAGUCCUAAAGCCAACAAACCUACAAACUACAGGAAAGAAGAAGACGAGGAAAAAGAGAAUGAUACGUAUUACAUCCGCCCAGCUGCUUCUCCCCAGGCGGUUCCAUUCCCAAGAUUUGGUGCAACACCCUCAGCAAGUAAUCCUUGUGCAGGCCAAGAUCCCUGCACAGGACCUACUACUAGUCCUUUCGGAUCCAUGACGGAUCCUUUUGGCUCUUCAACACAGGGUUAUGGAAUGACACAGAAUCCUUAUUAUGCUACAAGUCCCUACACUCAACAGAGUCCCCCAACACCACCAACAUGUUCAGCGCCUUGCCCACAGUCCUGUGCCCCAAGCUGUUCCGAUGCCUGUUGCUCCAACCAAUCACCACCUUCACCUCAACCAGUCUUCAUUCCACCUCAACCAGCCUUCAUCCCACCUCCAGUAAUGGCUUUACCGGUUCCUCCUCAACCCCAACCUAAUGUUCCUCAGCAUAUGGUAUCUCCUGGGCUUGCACCGAUGGGAAACGCACCCGCCACGUGUCCGGCUAGUUGUCCUAACUCCUGCGCACCGGCAUGUUCUCCAUCAUGUUGCGAUGCUCCUCAGGUUGUCCAUGUUCCUCCAGCAUCUUCACAUGCAGUAUCACCGGGAUUACAAGCAAUGGGAACUGCUAGCACCUGCCCUGGAAUGUGUCCCAACACAUGUGCGCCCAUAUGCAGUCCUACGUGUUGUGGAGUCCCACAACCCCAAGUGGUGCACGUGCCCCCAGCACAUUAUGGUUCCCCCGGCCUAAGUCCACUAGGUAAAGCAGCAACCUGCCCUGGCUCAUGCCCAAAUACAUGCGCUCCAGCGUGCUCUCCAACAUGCUGUGCCCCACCACCACUGGCAACCUGCCCAAGCCCCAACUGUCCUAACUCGUGUGCCCCAACAUGCUCCUCGAGCUGUUGUGAAGGACAGAAUGUUCUGCCUGCCAAUUGGGACCGUAGAAGCAUUAUCAGACACCUCUGGCGCAAACAUUGAUUACAACAUCAUUUUCUCCAACUCCUAGCACUCGCAGAUCAAAGUUAUUUAUCUUAAAAAGCUACGAGGAGGCUCCAAUGAUUCUUAGGAAGCAAAAUACAGACAUUCGAAAAUCGAAUAGGUCUUGCUUUUGACUUUGAAUUAAGUGUGAAUAUUCACAUGGUGGCAGACAUGGGCCUUACUCAAACGGAAGCCAUUUUUAUUGUCAUAUGAAUAAAAACCGUUGCUUAACCCGCAUAAUUUAUUCUCAAGCACUUGAAUGCAAGGCUAGAAAGGCUAGAAUAUCUAUUGUUCUGCGUGAGCAAGGCCCAUUGUGAAUCAUUGUAUGCUCUGUCAUGAUUCUCAUCGGCCAUACCGCAUUACAUUGCUUCUAAAGAAUUCAUAAUCGUUUAUUUGGAACAGGGAUUAUUUUCUAAAAGUCCGCCGAACAAGGCGAUGGCAAAAGUCAUAUAACAUUAUUCACUAUAAAUAGUUAGAGCAUUUUGUUUUUAUCGUCUAUUCAAAUCUAUAGUGUACUUGUAGCCAUGUUGGACAAAUUUUCGCUAGUUAUUGAGCCAUCCAUUAUGGCCGCCACUUUUUCGUUGCUGUAGGUAUUUCAUUAAAUAUUUCAUUUCAUUUCAUAUUUUGUGGCCUUAUUGGAAAUAAUGGAUAGUAACUGACGUCUUGCAGGCCUGUAAAAUCGAAGUUUUCGGUCAAUUUUUCUCUUAAAGGGAUUUGAAUUUUCAAGUCGAAUAUACUUAGUAACAGAGUAAACUACGAUAUUGUAAAUAAAAAUGUACAUUGAGUAGUAUCACAAUAAAUAGCAUCAUCAAUAAAGAUAUUCAAAACCUUAAA